AUGGUCGAGGAAAAUGUUAAAGUUAAAAGGAAUAAAAAUCCUCCGGAUUUGACAAUCCAAGAUGUAGGGGGACGAGAUUUCUUAACCAAACCAGUCCUUCUCACAAAAGAUGGCAAUUUUAUCAUCUCAUGUCAGGACUUCAAGAUUUAUAUUUUCAGUUCUCAGACUGGACUUCCUGUCAAAUCCAUCAACACUAAUAAGAUCCUGAGUAUUGCAUUGUCUGAGAGACCCGGAGAAGUGGUAGUGGCUGGCUUGAGAUCAGUCACGGUUUGGAACUAUGAAGAAACGAAGGUGGUCGAGAAAUUUAAAUAUAGACUUGGAGGUCGAGUUUCCUGGAGUGACCUCCUGACAGUAUUCCUUCCGAACAAUUUCACCACUUCCGGAGACGUUUAUCUUACAUUUCUUAACAAGACUCAGAAUAACUUUGUCCGUGUAAAUGUCCGGGAGAAGAACUCUAAUGUAAUAUUUAAGAAUGUGACUAUUGAUUCCCAGCAUAUCGGAGACAAUGAUAAUUCUAUCGUAUCUCUCUCAAAUCACAAGGUUCCCGCCAUGAAGAACACGUCAUUUGUCUGCUACGACAGGAAUAUUGCAAAAGUUCAAUGUUUUCAGGCGGAUUCUGAGAGACCGCUUACCAUUGUUCGAUGUCAUCCGUCGGAAAAGACGAUUGCUGUUGGAGACACUUCCGGUCGAAUUUUGAUAUUUGCCGGAAUUGAUACAAGUGAUGAGUUGAAGCCGGCUAAAAGUAUCUUGCAUUGGCAUUCUUUGCCGGUCACUGGUCUUUCCUGGUCAUUAGAGGGCGGGCAUCUAUUCAGUGGAGGAGGGGAGAGGGUUCUCUGCAAGUGGUUUCCGGAAGCUCACUCCAAACCAACCUUCCUCCCUAGACUUGGCUCGGAUAUUAUGGGUAUAGUUGUCUCCGAGAGUAAUACAGCACUCAAGCUUCAGAACAACUCUGUCCUGAUUCUGGAUCGUCAGGACAAACCGAGUGGAGAGUUAGCAGGAUUAUGUAAAAAUAGCUCCGGGUGGCCUGCAGGACUGUCCUGGGAUAAUAGAGCAAAAACUCUUCUCCUCAACGGCAAUGUAGGACAUGUUCAAGUUUUCAAUCCACUCUCCAAGGACACGUACACCAUAGAUAUCACGCGGCAGAACUAUCUGACCAAGGAGAGAGAGAAGAGCCCGUUUAAUGCUGAGGUGAACCAGCUCUCCGUCUCCUCCUGCGGGAUGUAUCUGUGUACGGUGGACUGUUGCUGGACUCCAGUUGAGAGGGUGAACCUCAGAUUCUUUCAUUUUGAUCCGUCUUGUCAGAAGUUUACUCUCAAUACCAUAGUUGAUACUCCGCACAAACAUGGAUUAAAUGCUCUGAAGUUCCAGGAGAACAGAACUAGCUCCGCCCCACUCCUCCUCUCCUGCGGGAAUGAUAAGAGUGCGAAGAUCUGGUUUCUCGACUCCUCCUGGUCCUGUAAACACUCCAUUGAUUACCGUAGGUUGAAUUGUCUGGGUGGAGCAUGGUCUGCAGAUGGUAGCGUUAUAGCUCUUGCAUUCGAGCAUAUCUUGACUGUUUGGGACAGAGAGUUCAGGUUGAGAACAACCUUGUUAAAUGAGAAGAGGGAGCAUGUGACUCGCCUGGAGUUCGGGAAAGAAACCAACUACUCCCCCUUUCUCUUCACAGCAACCGACAGCACGGUCUCCAUCUGGAAUCUGAUGAGUUUAGAGUGUACUUUCACUAUACAAAUGACCGGAUGCUUGAAUGUACUCUGUGACCCUGUGAGUGGACUGCUUGCGUUAAUCACUAAGGAUAAGAUAAGCCUAGUGGACCCUGUCAUGAACGUUGUAAAGCAAGAGUUUGUCGGUGUAAACGCUACGGGAGGCGCAGUCUAUGUCACAUCGAACAGCAAGAGCAUGUUGUACUUCAUAACCUACAAUGGACUUAUCAGAUCUAUCGGGUCCAAGAUCAAGAACGCCGGGUUUAAAAAUAUGAAGAUCUUCGAGAAGCCGAAGAACCCAUUGUUUCUGACCAAAGCAAAUAGCGUAACUCCAAUGGAGAUAACGGCCGAGGUUCCAGGUUCUGCAGCACAUGAUAUUGAAACAAUUUUGUCCGUUCCUUUGCAUGCCAUCCCGUCAAACUCUGCACUCGUUCAUUCUUUCUUGGCAAAUCGUCUCCUUGCUCUCCCUAAAUCCCAGGUUGUAACCAAUCUUGCUCCAGGAGAAGAUAAACAAGAAGAAACCUCAAAACAGAUGAAAAAGAUCAAGCAAGUUUUCACAAGAGAAAUAAAGUCGUCGGAGCUCGACUUAAAUUCAUUUUGUAAACUUUUAAAAGAGAAAAAAUCGAAAUAAAAUUAUUUUUUUGUAA